AUCCCUUACCACCACCUCGUUUUGAAAUUAAUAAAGAAAAAACUACAUUCACAAGCUUGAAGGUUCAGUGGGAACCUUCCUCAGGAAAGGUGGACUGGUAUAAUCUGGUAUUAUUUGAUCAUGAUAAUAAAAAGAUACAAGAAGUCUCCAUACCAGGAAGAACUUCAAAAACAGAAAAUACUUUUUCCAGUCUCACCCCUGGGAAUAAAUACAACAUUGUCCUCACUGCAGUUGCUGGAAAUAAGAGUACCCCGGAACUUCACAUAAGUGGAUCUACAGUGCCAUCCCCUGUGAAAAAUAUUCAGGUCAGUGUCAAAACAGACACUAUCCAUGCUUCGUGGUCUCCUGGCUCUGGGUACGUGGAUCGUUACAGGCUGCUGUUACUGGAUAAUCAUGCCCCAGUUCAUGAGGUUCACCAAGAAGAUCCUCUGACCUCCUACACCUUUUCAGGACUUACAGCGGGUCACGUCUAUAACCUCUCUAUCAUAACCCAGGCUGCAGGAUUGGAGAGCAACAGUUUUCAAACAGUCAGGACAGCCCCAGCUGAAGUCUUAGAUUUGACGGUGACUAACGAUGACAGCUCAGAUACUUUAAAAGUUAAGUGGCGAAGACCUUCAGGAAACCUCGAUUUCUAUAAUAUCACACUGUCUCAUCUUGGAUCAGUUAAAGAAGUCAGAACUCUACAGCCACCAGUCACAGAGACUCACUUUGACAAGCUAACUCCAGGACGUCUUUACCAGGUUACUGCCCGCACAAUCAGUGGUGAACUGUUCACUGAUCGGAUGGCAACUGGCAGGACAUUUCCCCAGAAGGUUUCUGAGCUGGAAGCCGGUGGUGGUGGUUGGCUGAGGUCUCUGCGAGUGAACUGGCUGCCCCCUGCGGGAGACUGGGAGAGGUACCACCUCCUCCUGUGGAACCGCUCGGCCCUGGUGCUUAACGCCACCCUCCAGAAGGACACCAGCGAGUACCUCAUCCACGACGUGGGCCUCAUCCCCGGGAGACAGUACAGCGUGGACCUGUUUGUGGAGAGUGGUGAUUUGCAGAGCAAAACUAGCUGCACAGGGAGAACAGCUCCAGAACCUGUUCUCCAGCUCCGUGUGAAGCAUGCAAAUGAAUCUUCACUUAGUGUCAUGUGGAUGACCCCUGUUGCGGAAUGGGACAGCUAUGUGGUUUCACUAGGAGACAGGGAUCUUACUGUCAUCAAAAAAGGGCUUGCAAAAGAAGCUAAGGAAUUCACGUUCACUGACUUGGUACCUGGAAGAAAAUACACAGCUACCAUCACUACCAUUAGUGGGAGUUUAAGCAACUGGACUUCAGUGGAAGGAAGAACAGUGCCAGCCCAAGUGACUGGUCUGACCGUGGCAAGUCAGGGAUCAACCAACAGCUUGUUCACCAACUGGACAGGAGCACUGGGAGAUGUAGACUCAUACCAAGUGCUACUGAUUCACGAGAAUGUUGUCAUUAAGAAUGAGACUGUUCCCAGUGAAACCAACAGAUACCACUUCUAUCCCCUGAAACCUGGAGGACUCUAUUCAGUUGUUGUCACCACUGUCAGUGGGGGAAUAUCUUCAAGGCAAACAGUCGCAGAGGGGAGGACAGUUCCUUCCAGCGUGACUGGAGUAACAGUAAAUAACUCAGGUCGCAGCGACUACCUCAGUGUUUCUUGGCUGCCAGCUUCUGGAGAUGUAGACAGUUAUUUGGUAACACUCUCUCAUGAUGACCAGAUUGUUCAGACUCUCACCGUUUCCAAAUCCUUCAGUGAAUGCUCCUUCAGCAGCCUUACUCCUGGGACGCUUUACAAUGUGAUGAUAACCACAAAGAGUGGGAAGUAUGAAAAUUAUUCCUUCAGCCAGGAACGAACAGUCCCUUCAAGUGUUCAGGGACUUACUGUCAGCAAUUCAGCCAGAAGUGACUACUUGAAGGUGUCCUGGUUACAUGCCUCUGGAUAUUUUGAUAAUUAUGAAGUGAUCAUCAAGAACAACAAUGAUUUCAUCCAAACAAAAAGUGUCCCAAAGGAUGAAAAUGAAUGUGUGUUCACUAAUCUGGUCCCAGGGAGGCAGUACAGUGUCACGGUCAGCACAAGGAGUGGGAAAUAUGAAACUAGUGAAAGAGUCUAUGGCAGAACAAUGCCAGAGUCAGUGAAGGAACUGACUCUUAGUAACAGGAGCACAGAAGAUCUGCAGGUAACUUGGUCAAAGGCUGAGGGGGAUGUUGAUAAAUAUGAGAUUCAGCUGCUCUUCAAUGAUAUGAAGAUCUUCCCACCCAUUUUCCUUGGGAACACCGUUGAGGAGUAUCGGUUCACAGCUUUGACUCCAGGACGUCUAUACAAAAUUCUUGUCUUGACCAUCAGUGGAGAUGCACAACGUGCUACUUUCAUAGAAGGCCUGACAAUUCCAAGCAUGGUCAGAAACAUUCAUGUGUCCCCUAAUGGCAUGACAAACAGCCUGAAAGUGAGCUGGACUCCUGGAAGUGGAGAUGUUGAUUCCUACACAGUGACUAUAUUUCAGCAAAACCAUCAGCUUGACUCCCAGAGUGUCUCCAAACAUAUCUCUGAGCACAUGUUUCACAAGUUGGAAGCUGGGGAGCAGUACCGGGUUGUCGUGCAAUCUAACAGUGGCACCUUGCACAACAGCUUAGCAGCUUUUGGGAGAACAAUUCCAGCCUCUGUCCAGGACUUACUAGCCCAUCAUGCUUACAGCAGUCAUUCCUUGUUAGUAACCUGGCAGAAAGCUCCUGGUGUCGCUGAAAGAUAUGACAUUCUGCUCUUGAACGAGCAAGGAAUCCUCCUGAGCAACAAAUCAGAGCCAGCUACUGCCAAACAGCACAAAUUUGAAGAUUUAUUAGCUGGCAAGAAGUAUAAAAUACAAGUUUUGACAGUUAGUGGUGGCCUCUUCAGUAAACGAGCAGAAACUGUUGGGCGAACAGUUCCAGCAGCAGUUACAGAUCUGAAGGUCACAGAGAACACCACUGACCGACUGUCCUUCAGCUGGACUACCUCACAAGGAGAGCUUGAUUCAUAUGACAUCUUCCUGUACAACCCAGACAAGUCCCUUCAUGACAGGAUUUCAGGAGAGCAGCACCUCCAGCAGUGUUCAUUCCAGAACCUGCAGCAAGGCAGGAUGUAUCGAAUGGUGAUCGUUACCCAUAGUGGGGACCUCACUAACGAGUCAUCUGUCUAUGGAAGAACAGUACCAGCCCCGGUUGUUGGUCUAAAGGCAUCCAACCGAAACAUGACAGACAGUCUGUGGUUCACCUGGGGUCCAGCAGCAGGAGAUGUUGACUUCUAUGAGCUGAAUCUUUACAACCCAAAUGGGACACAGAAAGAGACAUGGCAGAGGAAAGACCUGAAAGAGUGGCAUUUCCAGGGGCUCAUUCCUGGCAGAAAGUAUACUCUAGUUGUGGUGACUCACAGUGGUGACCUGACCAACACAGCAAAUGCUGAAGGGAGAACAGCACCCAGCCCUCCUAACGCUGUGUCGUUCACUGAUGUUGCAAACACUUCUUUAUCAGUUACUUGGUUGGGUCCUCCAGACUGGACAGACUACGAUGAUUUUGAGUUGCAGUGGCUUCCAAAGGAUCCCCUCAUAGUAUUCAAUCCCUACAGCAGCAGCAAAUCAAAAGUACGCAUCAUCUAUGGCCUGCGACCAGGCAGACUUUAUGACUUCAGUGUCAGAACUGUCAGUGGUGACAGCUGGAAGACAUACAGUCAAUCACAGUCUGCAAGUGUGAGGACAAAACCAGACAAGAUACAAAGUCUUCAUUGCCGGCCCCAGACCUCUACUGCCAUUGCAUGUUCCUGGACUCCUCCUGAUUCUGACUUCGAUGGGUACAGUGUCGAAUGCAAGAAGAUGGAUACUCAUGAAGUGGAAUUUUCUAGAAGGAUAGACAAAGACAAAUCUCUGCUUAGUAUCAUGACCCUCGUUCCCCACAAGCAAUACCUGGUGUCCAUCAAGGUGCAUUCUGCAGAUAUGACAAGUGAAGUCGUUGAGGACAGCACCAUCACAAUGAUCGACCGUCCCCCUCAGCCACCUCCAGACAUACGAGUGAAUAAAAAAGAGGUGCUGAUUACCAAAUCCUCCAUCAACUUCACUUUUAACUGCAGCUGGUUUAGUGAUACUAAUGGAGCUGUGAAGUACUUUACUGUGGUUGUGAGAGAGGCUGAUGGUAGUGAAGGACCAAAGCCUGAUGAGCAGCACCCAUUACCUUCUUACCUGGAGUAUAAACACAAUGACUCUAUACGCAUCUACCAGACAAAUUAUUUUGCCAGUAGAUGCGCUGAAAACCCUGACAGUGAUUAUAAAAGCUUUGACAUUAAGCUUGGAGGAGAAAUGGAAAACCUGGGAGGAAGGUGUGAUCCAGAUCAGCAAAAAUUCUGCGAUGGACCUCUAAAGCCUCGGACUGCUUACAGGAUCAGCAUACGGGCUUUUACGCAGCUCUUCAGUGAAGACCCGAAGGAACUCCCUAAACCACUCUUCUCAGACACCUUCUUCUCUUUACCAAUCACUACAGAGGCAGAGCCUCUGUUUGGAGUAAUUGAAGGUGUGAGUGCUGGCUUGUUUCUGAUUGUGAUGAUAGUGGCUGUUACAGCUUUAUUUGUCUGCAGACAAAAAGUUAGUAAUGGCCAUGAGAGACCUACAGCAAGGCUGAGCAUUCGCAGGGACAGGCCACUGUCAGUCCAUCUGAACUUGGGGCAAAAAGGGAACCGGAAAACUUCCAGUCCGAUCAAAGUCAGUCAUUUUGAAGCACACUUCACCAAACUUCAAGCAGACUCCAACUACCUCCUGUCCAAGGAGUAUGAGGACUUGAAAGAUGUGGGUCGAAACCAGACAUGUGACAUAGCACUUCUGCCAGAGAACAGAGGGAAAAAUCGAUACAAUAAUAUAUUGCCCUAUGAUACAUCAAGAGUGAAGCUUUCCAAUGUGGAUGAUGACCCUUGCUCAGACUACAUUAAUGCAAGCUACAUACCAGGCAACAGUUUCCGCAGGGAAUACAUAGCAACUCAGGGCCCUUUGCCUGGCACCAAAGAUGAGUUCUGGAAGAUGGCAUGGGAGCAAAAUGUUCACAAUAUUGUCAUGGUAACCCAGUGUGUUGAGAAGGGCCGGGUGAAGUGUGACCACUACUGGCCCCUUGACCAGGAUUCCUUGUACUAUGGAGACCUGAUCGUUGAGAUGCUGUCUGAAUCGGUGCUCCCAGAAUGGACAAUACGAGAGUUUAAAAUCUGCAGUGAAGAGCAGCUUGACUCAACAAGGCUCAUUCGUCACUUCCACUACACUGUCUGGCCAGACCAUGGUGUGCCGGAGACCACCCAGUCCCUGAUCCAGUUUGUUAGAACUGUGAGGGAUUACAUUAACAGGACCCCAGACACAGGACCAACUAUUGUGCACUGCAGCGCUGGUGUUGGCAGGACUGGCACAUUCAUUGCACUUGACCGAAUUCUGCAGCAACUGGAUUCAAAGGACACUGUCGACAUUUAUGCAGCAGUACAUGAUCUAAGGCUCCAUCGGGUUCACAUGGUUCAGACAGAGUGUCAAUAUGUGUAUCUACAUCAGUGUGUGAGAGAUGUGUUAAGAGCCAGAAAGCUUCGCAGCGAACAGGAAAACCCCUUGUUUCCAAUAUAUGAAAAUGUGAAUCCAGAAUAUCACAGAGAUGCUGUUUAUUCAAGGCACUAAGAAUGUUACAGACAUCUGCUUUUGUGACCACAUUUAUUAACUAGAGGU